CCUUUAAGAGCAGUCGGCCGACCCGGCCUUCGCCUCAGUCCUCCGAGCGUCGGCGGUCACCUGGCGCUCGCCCGGCUGCCAGCUUGAGGCGGGAUCGGCGCUCUCGCCCGCCGAGGUGCGAGCAGGGGCCGGACGCCAGGUGCCGGGAGCGGUUCGGGAGCGUGGCGGUCCCGCGCCUCUCUGCGGCGGAGGAUGCGGGAGCGCGUUCGGGUGCCUCUGCCGCUGCUGCUGCCGCUGCUGCUGCUACCGCCGCCGCUGUGGGGUGGCCCCCCGGGCAGCCCGCGCUCGGAGCUGGAGCCCGAGCCGGGGCCUCUGCAGCCCUUCGAUCUGCUCUACGCCAGCGGCGUGGCCGCCUACUAUAGCGAGGACUACGAGCUGGCCGUGCGCGACUUGGAAGCGUCGCUCCGCAGCCACCGGCGCCUGCGGGAGAUCCGCGCGCGGUGCGCCCGCCACUGCGCCGCGCGCCGCCCGCUCGCGCCCCCCGGGGUCGGCCCCGGAGCCGAGCUGCCCUUCUUUCGCGCCUUGCUGCAGCGGGCGCGCUGUUACCGCAGCUGCGAGACCCAGCGCCUCGGGGGACCCGCAUCCCGCCACCGAGUCAGCGAGGAUGUGCGCAGCGACUUCCAACGCCGAGUGCCCUACAACUACCUGCAGCGAGCCUACAUCAAGCUUAACCAGCUGGAAAAGGCAGUAGAAGCAGCCCACACAUUUUUCAUGGCCAACCCUGAGCACAUGGAAAUGCAGCAGAACAUUGAGAAUUACAGAACGAUGGCUGGCGUCGAAACAUUCCAAUUGGUAGAUCGAGAAGCCAAACCACACCUGGAGAGUUACAGUGCUGGAGUUAAACAUUAUGAGGUCGAUGACUUUGAGCUGGCUAUCAAGUACUUUGAACAAGCUUUACGAGAAUAUUUCAGUGAAGAUACGGAGUGCCGCGCACUGUGUGAGGGGCCUCAGAGAUUCGAAGAAUAUGAGUACUUAGGGUAUAAAGCUGGUCUCUAUGAAGCCAUUGCAGAUCAUUACAUGCAGGUGCUGGUUUGUCAGCAUGAAUGUGUGAGGGAACUUGCCACCCGCCCUGGCCGCCUCUCACCGAUUGAGAAUUUUCUUCCCCUGCAUUAUGACUACCUACAGUUUGCCUAUUAUCGAGUUGGUGAAUAUGUAAAAGCCUUAGAGUGUGCCAAGGCCUAUCUUCUACUCCAUCCCGAUGAUGAGGACGUCCUAGACAAUGUGGAUUACUAUGAGAGUCUGUUGGAUGACAGCAUUGACCUGGCAUCUAUCGAGGCCAGAGAGGACUUGACAAUGUUUGUGAAGCGUCAUAAACUGGAAUCAGAACUAAUAAAAUCAGCUGCAGAGGGUCUGGGGUUUUCAUAUACUGAACCGAAUUAUUGGAUCCGAUAUGGAGGACGGCAGGAUGAGAAUCGCAUCCCUUCAGGAGUGAACCUGGAGGGGACAGAAAUUCACGGCUUGUCAGUGGGGAAAAAAUCAUCACCCAAGAUAGACCGGGACCUAAGAGAGGGUGGCCCUCUGCUCUAUGAGAACAUCACAUUCGUCUAUAACUCGGAGCAGCUGAACGGGACUCAGCGGGUUCUCCUGGAUAACGUCCUGUCCGAAGAACAGUGCCGGGAGCUCCACAGUGUGGCCAGUGGAAUCAUGCUUGUUGGUGAUGGAUACAGAGGAAAAACUUCACCCCAUACACCCAAUGAAAAGUUUGAAGGCGCCACUGUUCUGAAAGCUCUCAAAUUUGGUUACGAAGGCCGAGUCCCACUGAAGAGUGCCCGUCUGUUUUAUGACAUCAGCGAGAAGGCUCGGAAGAUUGUAGAAUCGUAUUUCAUGCUGAAUUCAACCCUGUAUUUUUCCUAUACACACUUGGUCUGCCGAACAGCCCUGUCUGGUCAACAGGAUAGAAGAAAUGACCUCAGUCAUCCCAUCCAUGCUGACAACUGCCUGUUGGAUCCAGAGGCCAAUGAGUGCUGGAAGGAGCCUCCUGCUUACACAUUCCGAGACUAUAGUGCUCUCCUAUAUAUGAAUGACGACUUUGAAGGAGGAGAAUUCAUAUUCACUGAGAUGGAUGCCAAAACUGUGACUGCCUCUAUAAAACCAAAGUGUGGGCGUAUGAUCAGCUUCUCAUCUGGAGGAGAGAACCCACAUGGGGUGAAGGCAGUCACCAAGGGUCAGAGGUGUGCUGUGGCUCUUUGGUUCACGUUGGACCCUCUUUAUAGAGAAUUGGAGCGAAUACAGGCCGAUGAAGUUAUCGCCAUCCUGGAUCAAGAACAGAAAGGGAAGCAUGGACUGAAUAUCAAUCCAAAAGAUGAGCUAUAAAAAAUUGAGAGAGAAUGUUCUAUGAGAUAUUUAUUUAAAUUGUUAAUCUUAUGAGAACCUUUUUAUUUUUGUACAGAGCCGUGGUAUAACUUAACAGGUUGAUAUGAGUCACCUGAUCUCCCUUCUGUUCCUAAGGAUGUCUGCUUUGCCUCACUCAGUCUUGUCUGUCUGUCUUGGUUUAUUAUCAGUUCAUCUCUCAAAGCUCAGUC